AUGGCAAGCUAUUUGAAAAUUAUUGUUUUUUAUGGGAAACAAACUGAUGGAAAAUAUGAUGUUUUAGUAGUUAGCGCUACACAAACUAAAGAACUUGCUAUUGACAAAUUAGUUGCAUGCGGUAUAGGUUCAAUAUGUGCUGGAAUUGCCGUUAGUAUGAUCACAACUAAUCCAGAUAUUGGUUACAAAACAACUUCUACAAUUAUAUUGGUAUGCCCAAAGUUGACAAACAAUGCCAACGAACAAGUGAAAUAUGCUGCCUUGAUUUUAUUUACUAUAUUGCAUGAAACGGGUCAUUGGUCUUUCUUUACACAUGGUUGUAAUCUCAAUGAUGAAAUAAGUACUCCUGUUGGGAUUUUAAUGGAAGAAUCAGGUGAUGCGAUUGAAUUAUUACUUUUUGGAUUUCGUAUUCAACAUUAUGGUCCUUCUGAUCCAAAGUUUCUCGUCAAAUUAAAUGGAGGUUCUAAAUGCCAUUCACAAAGAUCUGUAUAA